CUACACAAAAAAAAUAAAAUAAAAAUAAAUAAAUAUAAAAAAAAGAAUUUACAAACUUAAAUAAAACCAAAAUGAGCGACAAAGUAGUGGACACAAGUGUUUUAGGCUUUGCAACUUAUGAGGAUUAUGUGAACUCUUUCUCGACCAAAAAUGAUAUCAGAUAUUUGGGCAACAUUCGUGUAGCCGGAAACCUUGCCAAAUUGGGAUAUCGGUCCACGAAGACACCCUACUCUGAGAAGGAAUUCGUGAAACGAGUCGAUUUGGCAAUGCUUGCGAUACGACCAAAAAUUACGGGCAUCCAGCCAUUUAGUAGAUUUAUGUCACCAGACAAUACGGAUCCAGUGCUUCUCGAGUUUAAGCGACGUGAGGUGCCCAUAUUCUCCAAAAUCUUAGCUACAAUUGUGUUUGCAAGAUAUACAGCACCCGAUAGCUCGGACGUUUCGGCCUAUCUUGAUUUGGGAAUGAGCUGGCAGAAUACAGUGCGCCGAGCCAUCAGGCACACGAAUUGGAAAGGCGUCUAUGAGGGAUCUGCCCGACUGCUGCCCAUGUCCCAUCAUCUGAGCUACAAUAAUCCACGAUAUAAUAUGCUCAACUAUACGGAUAGCGACAACUUCUGUGUUAUCCACGAUCAUCGCUAUGGAUUAAUGUUCAAGCACAGAGGCGAUCACAAAUAUAUACCGGUGGGCGGUUCUCCCACUCCGUUUGAUAAAAACGUGAAAAGAUCAAUAUCAUCGUCACCAAAAUAUGGCACAAUGAUAUUCUAUGAUCAUACUGUGCGCAAGAAGGUGUGAAUCAGGUGUAUAUAUACAAAAUAUAUUGAAAUGUAUGUGAAAUAUUAUUUUAUUUGUAAAGAUACUUUAAUCACUGGCAAAAGUCCAAUAAUUUAA